AUAUCUGAAAACAAACAACAAAUAACAUCGAAUUACAAUUACCUUACUACGACAUUACGAUAGCAUAAAAAAAAUAAUGGACUCGAUUAGGUAGAUGAUAACUGCCUAACGACAGAGCUUGCUAAAUCAGCACUUGAUAGAUACCACAUCACCUUGAUUAAGCUGAGCCCAGUGGGGGUGAGCGUACGGUAUUAUAUAGCAACUACAGCUCGCUUGGGGACGGAUAAUAGCCACUGGACACGUCGACAAUCUGUCUUGCACACUUAAGAUUCUCACCCUUGUGUUGCCUUGAUCGCCGCGCGGAGAUCAGUACAGAGUACGCCACACCAUUCUGUGAGUCUUUAGUGACUGAAGGUGCUGAAGGACAUCACUUUUCUUUCAACAAUGGAGCUCUAUACAACUAAAAAUGACGUGCUGGUGAACCCGAGGAGCGAGUAUCGAGUCACCAGGAGGUACCACGGGAAGGUGAAGGCAGUGGUGUUCGACUGGGCAGGUACGGUGAUUGACUGCGGCGUGUUCUCUCCUGCCGGUGCCUUCAUGGAGCUGUUCAAGGAGGAAGGCGUUGAGGUGACCAGCGAGGAGGCUCGGGGACCCAUGGGCAUGCACAAGCGGGCUCACAUAUGCAAGAUGCUGGAGAUGGAAAGGGUGCGGGGAGCGUGGCUACAGAAGAAGGGAGCACCGCCCACAGAGGGAGAUAUUAAUAGAAUGUACGCCAAGUUUGUGCCAAAGAACAUCGCGGCGCUGCAGACUCAUUCCAAGUUGAUCGACGGCACGGUGGAAUGCGUGGAGGAGCUUCGCAAGAUGGGCAUCAAGAUUGGCUCCUGCACAGGCUUCCCUUCAGCCAUCGUGGAGAAGCUGAAGCCGCUCGCCGCCGCCCAAGGCUACGUGCCGGACGUGUAUGUGGCUGCUGACGAAGUGCCACAGGCCAGACCGAUGCCCUACAUGGUUUGGCUCAAUGCAAUACGCCUGGACGUGAACCCGAUCGAGGCUGUGGUGAAGGUGGACGACACGGUGGACGGCAUCAAGGAAGGCAUCACCGCGGGAAGCUGGACCAUCGGGGUGGCCAGGACGGGCAACUAUGUGGCGGCAACGGAGGAGCAGCUGGCCACGAUGCCUCUUCAGGAUCUUGAGUGGCGACUGAACAGAGCGUAUGAUCUUCUGCAUGACGCCGGCAGUCACUACGUGGUGGACUCGGUCAAGGACGUCCCGGCGGUGGUCAGGGAUAUCAACAGACGCCUGGCUUUGGGGGAGAGGCCUUGAGGGGAGAGAGUCGAGAGACAGCUAAGGGAUGGGGUGCGAGAACAAAACAUUUGGUACUUAGGGAAAGGAAAUCGAACAGAAAUUGAAGCUGUAUAAGGAAUAAUUUUAAUUGAAAGAUGAAAUGAACACAAAAAAGAGUAGAAGGGAACACGAACUGGAACCAGAAAAGCGAAAAGAAACAAAUAAUGAGAAAAGUAUGGAAAAAGAACAAAAACUGAAUAAAAUAUAUAUAAACUGAAAGAAAUCACAGCUCUAUUAUGAAAGUGGAAGAUAACACAACACGAGAGUACAAAGGCCAGUCAAGAGCACGUCAUCUCUAUCCCCAUACGUUGAGGCAGCUCACGUCAGGACGACUGGUGAUGCUUAAACAUUUCCAUUACGAAAAUACACAUAUCAAAACUUAUUUCCAUUACAAUUUAAAUAAAAUGAUAUGAACG